ACGUCUCUGUGCUUAAGAGUUCAGGGUAGUAGUCAUUGAUUCGUGUUAUUUGAAAAAUUCGGUUAUUUAGAGGAGAGAAUGGCACAAUCUCAAAGUGGGUUACAGUUUCAGCAGCCUCAGUUUUACGAAGUUGAACUUGGGGAAAAUACCGACAAAGAUGGCAGAGUCUGGAAUAGUGCAGGAUGCAUUGGCAUUACCAGACAUUGUGGUGAUCCACAAUUUCCAGAAUUCCAAUUGAUUGAAGAAGUUUUGGGCUGCCUGAAAUGCAUUGAAAAGGAAAUUCAGCAUCACACUGAUAGAACAGAUUCAAGUCAUACUGAAACUGAUAUCCAGGAUAAGUCUGACAGUAUAUCAGAGUUUCACACAGAUUUACCUGAGAGCUCUUCUUAUUUUCCCCUAAGUAAAGAGGAUCUCUCAGGAUCUGAAAGCAUGCCUGACUUGUCACAGAUCUCACAGGUAAUUAGCAGAAAUAAGUUGGAGGAGACUAUUCCAGCUGAAAAAGAAGAUGGCAGCAGUAUGCCAGAUUUGCUAAAACGUUGGGCUGAUGAAUACCACAGACGUAAAGAAGAGCAACAUCAACUGAUUCUCAAAAUGGAACUCCUUCUUGGGAAAACAUGUGAGGAAAGCAAAAAGUUAGCAGAAGAUAAGGUUAAAAGUCAAGUAGACAAUCUAAACUACAAGGUGACUGCAAUGGAAGAAUUAAUUCAGAGUGUAAAUGAAAAACUAGAGAUGUCCAAUGUCCACUUUGUUAGGAUGGUCAAAAGAAAUAAUGAAAUGAUUGAUCUCUUGAAAAUUCUGCUGAAAAAGGUGACACAGCUACAAAGAUGGCAAAAGGAAUGCAGAAGAAGAAGGCUGCAUUACUUUUGAAAAAGCCAAAAGUGUAAUGAUUUUGAAGAUGUCAGACAUAUAAAUGUUACAUUGAUAUAUUUCUUGUGAAAAGACCAAUAAUAAAACAAGUUUUAUAACUUGA